CUAGGAUAUCGCUAUAGGAUGACGAUGACCGCAUCCUGCUGUUGCCGCUACUAAAAGAAAUAGUAAAUAAACAGUUUGUCAAUGUAAUGUUUAUUUUCGUUGAUUGUCUCACUAUAUAAAACGCAUUAAUUGAAUAAAAAUGAAAUCGAGAAGCGCUUUUUUGUAUUUCGGCGAUAAGAAUGUGAACAAAGUUAGUGGAAUAUGGAAGGCCCUCCAUAUUUCUAUAUACAUAGCAGCAGCAGUGAACGCAUUUAUAACUUCAAUGGCCGCAGGAAAUAUGUUUCAAACGUUCAAAUACAACUGCAUUCUAUUCUGUAACGAGAUGGCAUUUGAAAAAGAAGUUGUCGCCAGUGAGACCUUUUUCAUGACGCAUACAUUGGACCAAUCGUCAGAGGAAUCUGCCAAUGGUACCGAUGUAUUAGUUAGAAAUUUUACUGAAUUUAGUUAUAAAAAUGAAACUCAUAUCUUCCAUCAAAUUGACGAGGAAUCGAUUGAGAUAACGCAGGCAAAAAUAGAUAUCAGGAAAACCAUCUUUCCUAGGAGUUUUUGGUGCAACUAUGUUUUAGGAAUGGCUCUGGUGACUUUCAUUUUUGCCACUUUUUGCUCCAUCAUUCUAGCCAUGUGCUCUAGAGGAGGAAAGGGACGCAAUAACACGUUGAAUAGACCUCAAAAUAUGGUUUACCCCAUUCUAUUUUCAAGUAUUUUGUUGGGGGUGCUAAAUGCGGUUGCCUCUAUAAUGGUAAAAAAUGGCAUGUCGGCAUUUUGUGCCAGUUUUGAACAAUUCACAAACGACAAAAGCUGUUCUUCAGUAAUCAACAAAUUCACAAUUCAUGAAAGACAAGGAAAUUUUUAUCUGCCCUAUGUAGUACUGUCCUACACGUUUAACGUUACAGUAAUACUUUUCGUGGGGCAAAUUAUUGUCACAUUUCUAAGGAUUAUUUAUGCUGUAGACUAUCAAUUGUAUGCCCUAGAAGUUGACGAAAAUACAGAAGAAGAAGACAGGCACAAUUUUGACGUGGAAGAUGGACAGAUCGUUAGGGAAAGAACUUUGUAGAUUUUUUGUACUUAAAACACCAUAUCCAUGAAUAUAUCAUGUUAUUUUGCUGCAGAAAGUAUUGCGAAGAAGAGACAUUACUAGAAAAAUUAACUUUCUAGGUACCUACACAUUACAUCCGAUUUUGUCGAUUUAUUUAGAGACCUUUCUAAUUUUUGUGAAUAAUUUGAUGCUGCAAGUUGCAAAAUCUUUUUUAACGUGCAAUGGACAUGUUAGGUAAUUGGGCCCAAUUAAUAUGUGAAUGUUAAUAAAUAAAUCAUGUUGUACAAUGAAGUUUUUUCAUUUGAGUUUAGAAAGACAUAAUCAAUUGAGCGCUUAUAAAUUAUGAUUUAUAUGAAAUUCAUUAGAGCUCUGUUUUUUUCAUUUAUUAUUAUAUAGGCAACAAUAUUCGGCUGAUCAGACAAAAUUUGUCAAUAGAGAAAAAUAUUUUUCGCUUUUGAAUGGAUCUUUAUCUUGCUGCUGUAUGCCCAGAGUCAAUCGUGUCAGGAAAUCGGCUAUUAGAUUCUCAAGGCCUAAUUCAAAACGAGAUCUAAACUAUUUAAAGAAUGUUUGGAAAACAAAAUAAAUACUAGAAGAACUCGAGAAUCACUUUUUAUUUUUCCCAAAAUAUUAUAUAUUAUACUACAAUAAUGCCAAAACCAAUCAUUUACAAUUAAAAAAAAAUCCUCAACUUUAGCACUUUUUUUUCUCCUAUUUCCAAACAUGUUGGAAAAAAAAAUAUAUAGCUUCAAAAUGUACCUAUACAUUCCAGUACGCAGUACGCUUUUUAUUUGUUCUGAAAUUUUUAUAUUAACGCCACCAGAAUCCCAGAACCAACUAGGUCAUUCACAAAAAAAAAAAAAAAUGUUUCCAACUUUUUCUUCUCCUAUUCCAAAACAAAUUCUUGAAACAAAUACCUAUUUUAGCUUAAAAUAUCUACUUUCUAAAAUAAUUUUUAUUUAUUGAAAAUAUCAAUGCCACUUAAGGGCCUAUUAUAGUGCUAUACUAAUGCAAUAUUUCAAUUAAUGUUGGUGGCAGAAUUAACACUAUCCACAUUUAAAUAUUUGUCGAAGAGAUAGCCCUUGCAGGCUCCAACACUCCCAUGGGGUCUUCCAGCAUAAGACUCUUAGACCACUUGGAGUAAGACAAAUAGUACCAGGGCUGGGAUACCUAAGUGUUUUGGUCCAGGUACCCUGAUUCAGGAGACAUAGUCAAUUAUCCAGUUUAAAUUUAUAGGAUCAUAGAAUGCUGUGUGGGAACUUAGGCGUUGGGAUCUGUACAAGGGAAGAACUCCACAAACAGCACUUUUUUUCAGUCAAGUACCUAACAAAACUUAAAAAUUAAAAUAUUCUACAAGUACUGAACAUUGGUCAUAACAGUUUCGGUGAUAGCAACAAUAGGCUUGAUUUGAUGAUGGGGGUUUGCAUGCCUCUUGAGAAUUUAUUUCUGAUGUUAUUUCAGAUACUUCUUGUCAAUCGGCUUCUCGCUCCUGCCUUUCACGUAAGAUAGGGCGAGCGUUGAGCUCUGUAUCACUGGUCAUGAAGUAGUUCUAGCUGAAUCUCAAAUUUAGGGAACUCAUGAGAUCUCAUCAUUCAACAACUAUAAAAUUCCUCGAGAAACAAAGUUAUGACUAAAAAUUUGACAAAUAAAUACGAGACUAGUGGGCCAGACAUUUUCUGAGUGCUAAGACAAAGGACAUGAUCGCAGAAUUUAAAGUCAAGAGCUUGAACAUUUCUUCAAACUAAUAUUCCUUUCACUAACCUUCAAAUAAAAAUAAUAAAUAAAAUACACAAAAAAAACCUUAAAAACUAAAUGGAGGAUGUUUAAACUACACUCAAUUUUGAAAAAAAUAACCAACACCCAACACCAAUAACAAAAAAUACAUAAAUUGUAAACAAAACAAUUUCUUUCAUGAUACUUAAGUACCUAGUUUAAAAAUUUCUUUGCCAAAUUUUUUACCCUGUGAUUUUCAGUUGUAAAUAAUCACAAACUUAUUUUCUUUUGUUAAUAUGGUUUCAACUUAGAGUGGGUAGAUUUAUCAGUCCAAAACAAAAUAGUUAUCACACUUAUGUUGCCCUAACAUAUGAACAAAACUGAAACAAUGUAAGAAUAAAUAAAUAAAUUAAGACAUAACUAAAUCUAACCUACCUUUUUCAUUGCAUCACAAUCUACACAAAAAGAAUAAUAUGGGAAUGAACGCCCCUAUAACAAUAAAUACUGGUAACAUUAUAGAAGAUUCUUCUUCUGGCUCAUAGGCAUCUGGAAUAGUUGGUAGGCUACGUGGUCUAGUUUGAGAAAUUUCUUCUUCUUCUAAGUCUUCUAAGUCCAGCUUAGGCAGGUCCGGAUUUUUCACAUCUUGACUAACUGAAGGUGGCAGCUUUGGCACAUCAUCUAUAGUGCCUUUCAUUAAAUAAAAGGCAUUGAUUUUAGGGUUAUCUUUAUAGCCUUUGAUAAACUCCACUUUAACUGUAUUUGCUUG